AUGAAGGGCUCUCGACUGCCAAAUACCCAAACGCUACUUUCCAUCUUUUCCAUAUCCAUACUGGCAAUUAUAGUUGUGUUUUUCUUGCGCAGUGAUAUUCCUUACACACCUACUCUUACGGUCAAGUCUCACUUGAUCCAGGACUACCACCAUAUUGUCCAAGAUGUUGAAAAAAGCUCCAUUGUCAUGAACUUCCGCGAGCACGCCGAGUUCAAGAACCUCAGCCACGAAUACGACAUUUACUGGAAGAACACUAGGCCUCCAAACGGCGGCUACUUUGCGUGGCUGGACGAGACUGGGACGCGCAGACGCGACGGCAUCUCCAUGUUUCAUCAACUCCAUUGUCUUGUCAUGCUGAGGGAAGCCAUGCAAGGCCUAGGAGAAGAAAUCCAGUCACUAAAGGCUAUGAGGCGAGACACUGCCCAUGAGGACCAUGCUAUGCACACAGAACAUGACGAUCUCCACUGGUUGCACUGCUUUGAUUAUCUGAGACAGGCCAUACUAUGUAAUGCGGAUUCGACGUUUGAGCCACACCUGAUGAACAGCAACGGAAAGGACAUUGUUGAUGGCAUGAUUGAACGGGACUGCAAGGACUGGAGUCUUCUGUACAAAGCUUCUGAGAAAUCGGAUUUCCAAUCUCUGGUACUUGACAAUGAAUAA